AUGAAAUCUUUCAAAAUUUUGAUGUUUUUGAUAUUGGCAGUUUGUUGUGUAGCUGUUAAUGCUAAAAAGGACCGUACCUCAACUACUACAACAACAACAACGACACCAGCACCAGAUCCAAAUGACAAUGAUGAGUCUGAUGAGGAUGAUUCUGAUGAAGAAAAAGAGCCACCAAUGGACAACAAACCAUCAUCAACAACAACAACAACGAGCACAACAACAACAACUACUACCACCAAAAAGCCAGAUACCAAAGACCAAAAUAAUGAAAAAUCAGCUAAGGAUAAAACAACUACAAGCACCACAAGCACUACAACAACUACCUCCACUACAACAACAACACCAAAGCCUGAUAAAUCCAUGAUGGACUGCGAAAAUUUAAGACGACAACAUAAUGAAUCGAAACGCGAAAGAAAAGACCGUCAUCGCCGACGUAAGGAAUGUAAAAAAAUGCGUCGUGAUCAACAAAAGGCGGCUGAUAAGGACAUUAAAGAGGCAGUAAAGCGUAUUGAAGGACAAAUUCGUGAAGCUAUUAAAAAAUUGUAA